CUGUGCUAACCCAAUAACUUAAUUUGUUAAUAUAAACAUUACUGGUAAUAGUUAAUAUUUGUAUAGUAACUGUUAGUAAAUAAUAGAGACAAAUACUCAUCAUACCACUACUAACUUUCGCAGUUAACAGGAUUUUAUUUAGUGAUUAGUGAUUAGUGAGAUUUUCAUUCUACGUAAAAUUUAAGUAAUGCUUACUAAAUAGUGAAAAGUUCCUGCGCGCAACCCAUUUUGGUCACCGCUAAGUUAUUGUUCGGAUGGCCCCACAGUAACUCGGUAAAGAGAAAGUGAAAAAUUUACUAAUAUAUAAUAUAUAUAGUUAAAGAAAGAAACCCGAUAAUUUUAUUUAAAGGUACUAUAGAUAUAGAUUUAAGUAAAAUAAGUAAAUAUAUCAUGUCUUCAACAUUUACCCCAAUACCAGAAGCUCUUGAAGCAUUCAAGAAUGGAGAAUUUCUUGUAGUAAUGGACGAUGAAGAUCGAGAAAAUGAAGGAGAUUUAAUUAUAUCAGCUGAAUUAAUGACUCAAGAGAAAAUGGCAUUUUUAGUUAGAUAUUCUUCUGGUUAUGUAUGUGCUCCAUUAUCCACAGAAAGAGCAGAUGCUUUAGAUUUACCUCCAAUGUUAAAAGAUAGAACUGAUAGACAUGGUACAGCUUAUACUGUUACUUGUGAUUUUGGUGAAGGUACUACUACAGGAAUUUCUGCUCAUGAUAGAGCUUUAACAACAAGAAAAUUAGCUGAUCCAACAGUUAAACCAACUGAUUUUAUUAGACCAGGUCAUGUUUUACCUUUAAGAGCUGUACCAGGAUUAUUAAAGAAAAGAAGAGGUCAUACUGAAGCUGCUGUUCAAUUAUGUGAAUUAACAAAUUUACAACCAGCUGCAGUUAUUUGUGAAUUAGUAAGAGAUGAAGAUGGUUUAAUGAUGAGAUUAGAUGAUUGUAUAAAAUUCGGUAAGACUCAUAAUAUUAAGAUUAUUAAUAUUAAACAAUUAGUUGAAUAUAUUUCUUAAUCAUUCUUAUAUAAAUAAAUUCAUUCACAUUCUGUACUAUAGCACAUUAAAAUGUUAAUAAUU